AUGUCGAAAGACGCAGCGAGUCCUUCCAAGGACGCUAGGAGGAAGUCCAAGUCCUCCGACAGCUCAUCUAAGAAGUCGAAAACGUCUUCUACAACAGUAGCAUCCUCCUCCUCGGAUGCUAGCAUUUCUGUUUCUAAAGGCAAGGCCAAGGCCCAACUCAAAAUCAAAGGCUCUGAGAAUGGCUUCAAACAGCUGAGCGAGUCAGGCGCCGCUUUUGCUUCGUUCGCUGACUACAACCCUGCACCUUCCACCAAGUUCAGCCUGUACCGCGCUGAUGGCUUGCCAGACGAGACCGGUGCGCGACCAGAAGAGGGAGAUGAGCGACUCUUGCUGGCAGGAGAGACCGACACCAUCGCCUAUGUCGGCAACAACUUCGAGUUUGGAAGCUGCGCUGAAGCUCGAGGCUACACUGGCGAAUACAUGGUUGGCAUCUACGACCCUUCUAGCAGCUCAGUCACUUUGUGCGCUGUACCAGCAUUCCAAGUGGCGCGAUCAAUCAAGGCCAACAGCUCGCUCUCUUCCAUCUCUAGCACGCGCACCUUUGCCGACUACAACGAGAUGACAAUGGCACGCAGAGCUCUUGGUGAUGCAUUCGGCAACCGCAAGCAGAAGGCCAAUGCGAGGAAUCAGGACCGUAUGAAGGUGGACACGGCCAAUAUGGAAGUCAUUCUCGACGACUUUACCGGUGGAAUCCAGGACAACCUCGCAUCACUGCCCUCACUGGAUGAGGUGCUCGCUUCCUCCACGUCUUCUCGACCCAUGCCUCCCGCCAACUUGGAAGCCAAGCACCCUGCCGAAGCAUAUCGCAUCUCGGACCUCAUUCCCACCGACAUCUUCAAGUCGUUACCGAUACAGAAGCUCAUCGACAGCGUCGACGACAUAGAAGCGCUCAAGGAGCUCAUUCCAUACUCGCGAGAGUUCCCUGCAUGGAUCUGGUCUCGAUUGGUCGACAACCUUCAACGCAGCUCUUACCUUUCCGAUAGCAGUAGCGGCAAGAAGCACACCACUUUCGACGAUGAUGACGAUGACGAUGCUAUAAAGCCAGCCAACGGCGGUGCUGAUGGUGAAGAUGUGUUGAUGAUGCCCGUCUUGGGCGCUACAGAAGACAAGGAAGAUGCCAAGGACAAGGUGCGCAUGGCCUACUACAUGUCUCUACUCUGGUACAUUCAAAGCCAUCCGAAAUCGGUCUCGCAGAAGGGCAAGCUGAUCAGCAGCCUCAAACUCGACGGAGAAGAUGCCAACAAGCGUAUCAUCAAGGCGAUCCUCAACACUUUUACCGAGACACCUGCCAACUCGGACCGUGCAGUGAUGUCGGCAUUUCACUCGACCAAGGUACUUGCUUACAUUUGUGCGCUCGCACUUCAUUUGGACAACUUUUCGGUGGAUCAUGGCAAGUUGGCUCGCAACUGCAACAUCGCACCUGCGACACUGCGCGAGCUGUUCAGGACGUUGGGAUGCACAUCAGCUGUGGUGGGCGGUGAAAAGCGAAUGGUGCUCAAGACGCCGUUCACACUUCCUCAGCCUAGGAAGGGCAAGGCUGGUGAACGCAAGUAA